AUGAUGAAUGCGUUGAGUUAUUUGACGAAUAUUCUCACUUUGAAGGUCUACGAUGUAACAAUUGAGUUCUCUUUACAAUUGGCGCCAAAGCUUUAUGGGAAACUCGGGUUUAAGGUUUGGCUCAAGAGAGAGGAUUUACAACCCGUUUUCUCAUUUAAGAUUCGUGGAGCUCAUAAUAUGAUGACAAAGCUUCCUAGGGAGUUGUUGGAAAAGGGAGUUAUCUGCUCUGCGUACAACCUCUUCAAACGUGUCAUGUAUUCAUCAAACUGCACAACUCAUGCAGAUUUGGCCACGAUGGCAUUUGCACAAUACCUAGCUAGUGGCUUCCCCACGCCUUUGGGUCUCGCCGGAUUCCCUCCAGUACCCACGGUUCCCCAUCGGUCUCGGUCCGACACUGGUGGCGACGACAUGAUGAAUGCGUUGAGUUAUUUGACGAAUAUUCUCACUUUGAAGGUCUACGAUGUAACAAUUGAGUUCUCUUUACAAUUGGCGCCAAAGCUUUAUGGGAAACUCGGGUUUAAGGGAGUUGUUGGAAAAGGGAGUUAUCUGCUCUGCGGUGAUUGUUAUGUGAAGAGGGUUAAUCCAAAGGUGAGGAUUAUUGGGGUGGAGCCCUCUGAUGCAAAUGCAAUGGCGUUGUCAUUCCAUUAUAAUCAGAGACUGAUUUUGGACCAUGUUGGAGGAUUUGUAGAUGGUGUGACUGUUGGGAUUUGCAUCUAA